CCGCCUCCGCCGCCCGUGGAACCGCCCUCGACGCCCCUGCCGCGAAGGGUGCUCGUGCUGGGGCGCCUCGGCCGAUGGUGGCCCUUAGAGCGCCGCCAGAGCCAAAGAAUUUUCCUUGUGCUUCUACAGAGUUAUGGCUGACUCAACCUCGGAUGGCGCGUACACACGCUCAGUGUAAUGUCGGGCAUGUGCCAUUAUUUCUCAUCCUAGACGAGGGAUGGGCGCGAUAUACCCUCUGUUGAUGGGCGUGGGCGUGUGCUGGUAGCCGUGGUGGGCUGGAUGGCCCCGGCCCUCCAUGAUAGAGCGCGAUACACGGCGCGGACGCUUUCGGCUCUCGCAGCGCUAACCGCCGCCGCCGCCACGCGCCAAGCCAGCCCGCGCCCUGAUUGGUCAGCGUCGCCGUCAACUCGCACCCUGAUUGGUUGGCGCCGGUCACAUGACCACGCUACCUGCUCACUGGCCUACCUCGCCCAUUACGACUUUCAUACGACUCUUAUUCACCUUCUUUUCCAGAUUUCGUGCAUGACGAACGCUUAGCUAGCAUGCAGCAUAAUGCACAAUCGGAAAAAAGUCCGCCUCGGGUUCCUGAGGAGCACAUUUACUCGCGUCUUUCCUCCGCGAGUCUCAGAACAUCAUGGCUGCCCUGACGUCACUCCCGGUUCCAACAACGCAUCCAACCGCCAGACAUCGCACCAACACGCUCUCCUAAAAACCCUCAACAUUCUGUAAAACUCCAAAUCCACGAGGCGCACGGAAUUUUAGACCUUGGAAAUAUUUCCACGCCGCACGGGCACCCAAGCCGCAGAGUACCAUAAUUUUCUUCCUACGCCAAUUGCAUAACUGACAUCACUGCCUCUCACAUGGCAGUGUUUGUGUUUGGGUGUAAAUAGUGCUCUCCAAAGACCUAGGGAUCAAUUCUCCUCCAAAGUCACCUUUUUUCGCGGAUUCCAUCUCAUUCUUGGUAGGGAAUGCUGUAGAAUAUAGCUGCAGUUUUAUUUGUCAAAAUUUGACUUCAACAUGUCAGAAGAACAGAGAAGUGGUGGAGAAAACAGCUCCAGCACAAAGCCAGCCAGUCAUACACUUUUUCUGGGCAUUCUAAAGCAGUUUCGUCAGUCAAGUUCAGCCCAACAGGAGAUUGGCUAGCUAGUUCCUCGGCUGACAAAGUUAUCAAGAUAUGGGGAGCUUAUGAUGGAAAGUUUGAAAAGACUUUGUCAGGACACAAACUGGGUAUCAGUGAUGUAGCUUGGUCUCAUGACAGCAGACUCCUAGUAUCUGCCUCAGAUGACAAAACAUUAAAAAUAUGGGAACUGGCAUCUGGCAAAUGUGUGAAAACACUGAAAGGCCACAGCAACUAUGUGUUCUGCUGUAACUUCAACCCACAGUCCAACCUUAUUGUCUCAGGCUCAUUUGAUGAGAGUGUACGAAUUUGGGAUGUUAAAACAGGCAAGUGUUUAAAAACGCUUCCAGCCCAUUCGGAUCCAGUCAGUGCUGUUAACUUCAAUCGAGAUGGCACACUUAUUGUCUCUAGUAGUUAUGAUGGGUUAUGUCGAAUCUGGGACACCACUUCUGGGCAGUGCCUCAAAACACUCAUUGAUGAUGACAAUCCACCUGUCUCCUUUGUAAAGUUCUCUCCUAAUGGAAAAUAUAUACUGGCAGCAACCUUAGAUAACACAUUAAAACUCUGGGACUAUAGUAAAGGCAAAUGCCUCAAAACCUACACAGGGCACAAGAAUGAAAAGUAUUGCAUAUUUGCCAAUUUCUCAGUAACAGGAGGAAAGUGGAUUGUCUCUGGAUCAGAAGAUAACCUUAUCUAUAUUUGGAAUUUACAAACCAAAGAAAUUGUUCAGAAAUUAGAAGGCCAUUCAGAUGUUGUACUAUGUACAGCCUGCCAUCCGACACAGAACAUCAUUGCUUCCGGAGCAUUAGAAAAUGACAAAACAAUCAAACUGUGGAAGAGUGACACUUAAAAGAACAUUCUAGAAACCCCUUUUUUCUCCCUCAUUUCAUGCCUUAUGUCAAGAGUAAUUUUGCAAAAAUGUUUUGAGUUUAUGGCUUAAAUGAAAUGAUUUUUUGUAGGUUUUGUCUUUUAUUUUUUUAUCCCAAGAUAUUUUUGGCUUAAAGUGAAAGAAUAUAAUUUGCCUUAAUUUUG